UUAUUUUUUGCAUUAUUUGUUUCUUUUUUCGCUGUUUGCACUAGCUUUUUUUCUGCUUUUUUAUAUACAAAGACAACGACGAUCUCGGGGACGACGUGGAAGUGGAGCGACUACGCGCGGGGGUCGAGGGGUGCACAGGGCAGGGGCCGCGCGGCGGUCGUGGUUCUGGUAUCGGUGCUGGUACUGCUGGUCUUGGUGCUCAUAGGCCUUCAGUUUCUGACUCUGUAACUAGUGGAGCGUUGCAGAGCUUUGACGAGGUCCAUGCUAUGGAAAGACCACUCCACGAAAGCAGGAGGAGGGAGCUGCCGCCAGUGAGGACAGUACCUGAAGGAUCCCAAUCCUUAUGGUCGUCCUUACAAGAAAUGGACGCCUCCCCCUCCACGAGUGAAGAGCCUCUGAUGUGCUCGGCUCCACCAUCUCCGGCUCUGUAUGUUGAAUGUGGUGGGAGCGGGCAGUCAACUCCCCAAAUUACAGCUGUAAAGAGACCCGCAAAUAAUGUCUGUAGUGGAAAGGGCGAGGAGGUUCCGGCUUCGAGGAGGUGCUUGAUUCCACCAGUCAGGGCUUCAUCUUCAUCAUCAGCCGUCAGGGCUCGUCCUUUGAGGGACGAGGAAAUUGCCCAAAUCCUGAAUAAUUAUGGCAGUGAAGAGGAUGCUGACAGCGAUGAUGAAGAUGAAGAUUUAGUUCAGCCAGUGCAGAUGCCUAGGAGAACUGAAAGACUUUUUAUGUCUGAGGAAGAGACUGAGGUGCAACCGAUAAACGCAGCCAUUGAUUUUUAG